CGUUUUACAGUUAUAAGUGUUAUAACCUCCAUAUUGGCUCUGUUUAUAAUAUUUCAAAACAAACAUGAAUAAAAGUAUAAAAUUUAAAGAUUUUGCUAAAAUAUGUAGGUGUUGUUUAACAUAUGGAGAACUUAAACCCAUUUUAGACCUGAAAGAUAUAGAUUUAUUUGUUGCAAUUACAAAUAUUAAGAUAAAAGAAGAGGAUAAAAUGCCUGAAAAUGUGUGCCUGAAAUGUGUUCAACAAUUAGAGGACGUGACGAGUUUUAUUGCAAUGUGCAAAAACAAUGAACAAGCUUUAAAAGUUGUAGUUCUUAAAGAACUAGAACAAUCAAUAAAUAUUCCAGAUGAUUUGGAAGGUUGUGAUAAUGAUGAUUUAAAAAGUGAAGAUGAAGAUGAUUUUUUCUUAAAUAAUGUUAAACAAGAGAUAGUAGAAUUGGAACCUGAAGUAGUGUUACAUUUAAACAAGGAAGGACCAAUUACUUGUGAGAACUGCAGUGAAACAUUCACGAAGCUGGUUGAUCUUUCUGAACACUACAAAGAUUUUUCUAAUUGCCGCCCUAAGGAAGUGACUUCUAAAAAGGAUAUAUGUAAUAUUGUAGAUUAUUUAAAGAAACCUAAGGGUCGAAAGAAAAAACAGGUAAAAGAUGAAUCAGAUGGCGAACCUGAAUAUAUAAAAGGAAGAAAAUUGAAAGGGAAAAGGAGAUUUUUAUGUAAUUAUUGUGGGAAAAAUUAUACUAGAAAAAAUGGAUUAGACAGGCAUAUGUUAAGUCACACAGGAAUAAAACCUUUUGAAUGCAGAGAAUGUGGUAAAUGUUACAUUACAAAAGACACUCUUAAAACUCAUAUGUUAACACACACUGGAAUCAAAGCUCACAAAUGCACAGUUUGUCAAAAAUCAUUUACACAAUCCAGUCAUCUAAGUUAUCACAUGAGGAGACAUGCAGGAGAAAAGCCACACACAUGUAGUUUUUGUGGAAAAGGUUUCCUAUCAAGUUAUCACUUGGAUAGACACAAAUUAAUGCAUACAGGGGUUAAACCUUAUGAAUGCAAACAGUGUGGUAAACAGUUUGUAAGAAGCACUACCUUAAGGGACCACAUGUUAAUCCACACGGGAGAAAAACCAUUCCAAUGUCAACAUUGUGGAAAGCAAUUUAAUAGAAAACAAUCUCUUACUAACCAUGUUUUAGUGCACACUGGGGAAAAAUAUAAAAGCAAUAAUAAUUCUAAUACAGUAAAUAUAGUGUCUACAGAAAGUAGGUUCUCUGAUUUACAAGUUAAUCAUUUGUUAGCUGGAGAUAUACCUCCUUACAUAGAAAUUAAACAUGAUGCCCCAGGGUGUGAUGUAUCACCAUUUUUAGAUAAUUCAUUAGAGAUUAAGCCUUCAAUUAGUACGUCCUGUGAUCAGAGUAAUUCUUGAAUGUACAUUUAGGUGCAUUUUGAAGAAUUUUUUUUUAACUUCAACAGAAUUUUGGUUAAACAUCUUUGAACGUAUGUUUCUAAGUACUAUUUACAUCUAUUUGUGUGAUUUAUAGAUCUCAAAUCUUUAUGAAGGAAGCUUAUGUCAAUAAUUCAGGCCAUGCCCUGUUCAACACAUUGAUAUGAAAGGUAUUUCAGGAAAAAAUUAAUAAGGGUCUGAUCUGGUGAUCUAGCUCUGGCUAUGUCUAAUUGUAGUGACAUAUUUGUAUAUAUUUUUUUUAAAUUGUGUUAUCAUUGAAAAUUAUAAGUUUCUGACAAGUUCAAUCAGUUUCGUUGAAUAAAAAAGUGGAUAUAAAACUGGUUAUCAAACGAUCACAUACGCCUUUGAUUGUAUCAUUGUUUAGGUGUGGGGGUGGAAGCACCUUUUAAUAAUGUAAAUAUAUAUGGGA